CAUGAAGGUCAUCACUUGUGAAAUAGCGUGGCAUAAUAAGGAGCCUGUUUACAGCUUAGACUUCCAACAUGGAGCUGAUGGGAAGAUCAAUCGACUGGCCUCAGCAGGCGUGGACACAGCCGUUCGUAUAUGGAAAGUAGAAAAAGGGCCAGAUGGAAAAGCAAUUGUGGAAUUCUUGUCCAACCUUGCUCGCCAUACCAAAGCAGUAAAUGUUGUGCGCUUCUCUCCAACUGGUGAGAUCCUAGCAUCUGGAGGAGAUGAUGCUGUUAUUUUAUUGUGGAAGCUGAAUGAUAGCAAAGAAUUGGAACCAUUAGUUUUUCAGGAUGAAGAUGAAGCUCACCUUAACAAGGAGAACUGGACAGUCAUUAAAACUUUAAGAGGCCACCUAGAAGAUGUAUAUGAUAUUUGUUGGACCUCAGAUGGAAAUUACAUGGCAUCUGCUUCUGUAGAUAACACAGCUAUAAUGUGGGAUGUCAAUAAAGGACAGAAGGUUUCAAUAUUAAAUGAACACAAGAGUUAUGUCCAAGGAAUAACCUGGGAUCCUCUAGGCCAGUACAUUGCAACUCUGAGUUGUGAUAGGGUCCUGCGGGUGUACAACACGCAAACCAAGCGUGUUGCAUUCAAUGUUACCAAGUUGCUGUCUGGAUCAGGAGCUGAAGGAGAGGCUAGGAGCUAUCGGAUGUUUCAUGAUGACAGCAUGAAGUCAUUUUUCCGCAGGCUCAGUUUUACUCCUGAUGGCUCCUAUUUACUCACGCCAGCUGGCUGUGUUGAAUCGGGCGAAAAUGUAACAAACACCACAUAUGUUUUCUCCAGAAACAAUCUUAAAAGGCCCAUGGGUCACCUGCCAUGUCCUGGAAAGGCAACUCUUGCUGUUCGCUGCUGCCCAGUCUACUUUGAGUUGAGACGAGCAUUUAAUAAAGAUGAAAUCAGUCAGAAAUCAUCUCCUGCUCUAUUUAAUCUGCCCUAUCGAUUGGUGUUUGCUGUUGCUUCAGGAGAUUCUGUGCUUUUUUAUGAUACUGAGCAGUCCUUCCCCUUUGGUUAUGUUUCUAACAUCCAUUAUCACACCCUGAGUGACAUUUCAUGGUCCAGCGAUGGAGCCUUUCUUGCUAUUUCUUCCAUGGAUGGAUACUGUUCAUUUGUUACCUUUGAGAAGGAUGAACUGGGAAUAGCACUGAAGGAGAAGCCACAGAUAAAUGUCAGGACUUCUGGUGCAACAGAGAAGAAAGUGAAAAAGAGCCAGUCGCACAAAGUCAUUUCCCCGGGCUCUAAGCUGACAGAGGGGACUCCUCCCGGCAGGGUCACCGAUCCCAGCACUCCCACCCUCCAACCUAGAACACCUACAGCUGUCGGUAAGGACUUGCCUUCCACACCUGUAAGCAUAAAAAAUGUUCCAGUCUCAUCUUCAGAUGAGAGGAAAAUCAGCCAGUCAGCCAGCCAGAGCACUAAAGUAAACCAGCCCAGGAGGAUUACUCUCAACACUUUACAAGCAUGGAGCAAGACGCCAAGGAGAGUAAACUUGAUUCCACUGAAGCCAGAUAUGACAACCUCUGCAUAUACAGAUACAGUUCCUAUACCUCCUUCCUCAGAACAGGAACGUGAGAGGCCGUUACCAUCUGAUGACAGUCUUCAAAAUCCUCCAGCAUCGAAACGACCUAGAACUGAGGAAUUGUCUCUUUCUACAUCUGCUGAAAGUCAAGUCAGCUGCAAUUCAAACAAAUAAAGGCUGAGCUUUUAGUAGACUCUUCACAGUCUGAAGGCAAUCCAGCCAUAUCUGAGAGUACAUUUAUUUUGCAAAUGUUAAAUCCUCAAUUCCUGAUUAAAGUACCGUACACAUAUUUGACGUAGUGCUGUGAAGAAAGAAACUGGCAGUAGAAGACACAGAUUUCAGGAAUGUAGCUUUGCAGAAGAGGAAAUAGUUGGGAAGUGACUUCUAAGUGUGUUUCUACUUCUUGAAGACAGCAUUCUUCAAGAAAUGCCACAGCUUAAGGAAAUCAGGAAAAUCUGGGUAUUAAAAAGCCAUACAGUAACCUAAAAGUCUCCAUCAAAGUCCCUAAGUUGAUGUUUAUAAAGUAUUGUACCUUCCAGUAACCUGUCUGGCAAAAGAAUA